UAAACGAAACUUAUUUUAGCUGAAAACACUACGUAUUCUUACUUACAGCCUCCGCUAGGAGUACCAGUGUUCUGUGCUUACAGCUGAUAAUAUAACCAUUACCGAAUAACAACAAUAAUCAAUAACCUCAAAAUUUUAUGACAUGAAGUCGGCACUUAAAUUUCAAUUAGUACACAACAAACGAUGUAAUCGUUAGUAAGAGUUGUGUGUUGAGAAAUAAUUUAAAAUAGGUAUUUAGUAUUAUUUAAAAUGCACUGCUAAGUUGUACUUAAAUGAUUGAUUUAUUUUUGAAGUGCUAAGUUGUAACUUGUAGUGUAACGUUUAGGAACCUUUGACUUAUAAUUCAUUUACAUAAAAAAUCUCCUAACGAACAUUACAAUGGCACGCAUGGUUUUUGUAGCAUGGGAUUAUGUUAUUAUGGCCACUACCAUGUUAAUAUCUAUCGGCAUUGGUAUUUAUUUUAGAUUUAGUGGCGGCAAACAGAGAACAAAUGAGGAAUACCUUAUGGCGAAUCGAAACAUGUCAAUAUUUCCCGUAGCGGUGUCGCUUAUGGCUUCCUUUGUAUCUGCAAUCACAAUUUUGGGACUAUCUGCUGAAAAUUAUUAUUAUGGAAUGCAAUUUGCAGUUAUAAAUAUAUCGUAUUUUCUUGCUACUCCAAUCGCCUCUCGAUAUUAUUUGCCAGUAUUUUUUGGAUUGCAAAAAACAAGUACCUAUGAGUAUUUGGAAUUAAGAUUUGGUCCGCGUAUAAGAACAUUGGCGUCAUUAACAUAUACCUUUCAAAUGAUAUUGUACAAUGGGGUGGUGCUUUAUGCUCCGGCAAUCGUUCUAGAAUCGGUAACUGGAUUGGAUAGAUUAAUUUCUAUAUUAGUGGUGGGUUUAGCGUGUACAUUUUACUCAACAAUAGGGGGUAUGAAAGCGGUACUGUUUACGGAUUUAUUGCAAUCAUUUCUUAUGUUGAGCGCUGUUGUUAGUGUUGUUAUAUUCGCUUCAAUACAAGUUGGAGGCUUCGGGAACAUAUUCGUAAUAGCGAAAGAGCGUGGACGUCUGGAUUUUACAAAUUUUUCAUUGGAUCCGACAGAAAGACAUACAUGGUGGUCAUUGAUCGUUGGAGGUUUUAUUACGUACCUAUCUUUAUAUGCAGUUAAUCAUACGCAAGUACAGCGUUUGUUGACAGUCAGUACAUUGUCUCGGUCGCAGAUGUGUUUAUGGUGGAGCUGGCCAGUUCUGUCGAUUCUCAGUAUUGUGACAUGUACCAGCGGUCUUGCUAUAUACGCUGUUUAUAAAGAUUGCGAUCCUUCGCUCACUAAGAAUAUAGCGGGAAUAGAUCAGUUAAUGCCAUACUAUGUGGUUGACGCGAUGAGGUCAGUGCCAGGAUUGGCCGGUUUAUUCGUGGCAGGCAUUUUUAGCGCAUCACUAUCGACUGUUUCUGCAUCUUGUAAUGCCCUUGCUGCUGUGACUCUUACGGAUUAUGUUAGUAGAUGGUGCAAAAUAAAUGAUUUAUAUAUCCCGUGGUUGACCAAAAUAGCGGCAUGUGGUUUCGGUCUCUUGUUCCUAGCGCUAGCAUUUUUGGCAGAACAUUUGGGAGGGGUGUUGCAAGCGGCUUUAACUAUUUUCGGCGUCGUUGGUGGCCCGUUGUUCGGAGUUUUCACUUUGGGAAUGUUCACCACUUACGCUACUGAAAUGGGUGUGUCCACUGCGUUGCUAAGUGGCAUGUCCGUAACGUUAUGGAUGAGCUUUGGGUCACCCCGACCUGUUCCUGUGAAACUGCCACUAAAUGUGGACAGUUGUCCUUAUAAUGUAACACUAACGCCGACAACUACCUCGAAUCCUAGUGAUUACUUCUAUUUAUAUAGAAUAUCGUAUAUGUGGACAAGUCCGAUCGGUUUCGUGUGGGUGCUAGUGGUGGGCUCGCUGGUGUCUCUAGUAUGGAGACACACACAGCCGUGGCAGCGCGCCGGCCGCCCGCACCCCGACCCCGCGCUCUUCACGCCACCGCUCGCCAACUAUCUGCGCGCUAAAUAUAACGUUCAGGAACCUAACGUGCAGCUUCAGCUAAUAAAGAGCGAUGAAGAUAAAUAAUCUCAAGAAACUAUCAAUAACCAUUUAGCAAUUCCUUUAUAUUUUCAUUGUUUCGGAUCUGAUUCCUCAAUGAAGACGUAGUUUUAAGGCUUAAUUUAUACUUUAUUCGUUUAAAUAAUAUAAAAGAUACUUAAUCAGUGAAACUGUUUAAGGCUGUGAUUUCAGUAUUUAUGGAAUAAUCGGGUAAGAUAUUUUGGUUGUUGGCUUAAUGUGUUUGGGUAUUAUUUAAACUUAAUAAACGUAUUUAUAGGAUGACAAAAUAAAUAAGACAUAGGUAAUAGGUAUAUUUUUGAUUGCUCUACAUUAUUUAUAUAAGGCGAAAUAAACAUUAGAGCACUGCCACACACUAUAAAUAUAAUGUUAUAUUUUCUUAGAAAAUAUUUACUUAGUGAUAACUACCGCAAAGUAUUCCUGUUACAGAUUCUUUGAGUUUUUAUAUUUUAUAAGGUUUCAAAGUUCUAUAUUAUAGGAUUUAAAAACUGGUUACAACACAAUAUGUACUUUUAAGCUUAAGGAAUGGUUGUUUGUAUAAUGUAUUAGGUAUUUGAUAUUAGAUUUUAUUUAAAAAUUGUGUUAUUGUAAGUGAUGGGUAACCUAUCAAUAUUUAUGGGGAUACGGUUUCUAAGGUACUUUAUGUUUACUGAUUUCAUGGAUCUGAAUCAAAACAAUUUACAAAUUUUUGUAAAUUUAUAUUUUAAGAAAUAAAACUAUUUAAAAUGUU